CCAACGAGCCAUCCGCGGUUACCAUCUCUGCCAUCUCUAUCUCUCCCGCGUAUAUUCCUAUUCCAUCCUUUUCUGAUUUUAUAAUUUUCUCUUUGGAUCGUUUCCGUCGGAUCAUCUGUGAGGUCUCACAAUGAACGGCGCUGCUGACCCGGAGAGAGAGCAGGCGCUCGAGGACUACAAGAAGAGCCUACUGGAGCUCCGAGAAUGGGAGGCCAAGCUCAAAUCGCUUCGGAUGGGAAUUAAGGAUUUGCAAAGGGAGUUUGAUAUCUCGGAGGAAAACAUUAAGGCCCUACAGAGUGUGGGUCAGAUCAUUGGUGAAGUGUUGAAGCAGCUGGAUGAGGAGAGAUUCAUUGUUAAGGCAUCAUCCGGUCCCCGUUAUGUCGUCGGUUGCCGUUCGAAGGUCGAUAAGUCGAAACUGAAACAAGGGACUCGUGUCGCCCUUGAUAUGACAACCCUCACGAUCAUGCGGAUGCUGCCACGGGAGGUCGACCCAUUAGUAUACAACAUGUCUUUGGAGGACCCGGGACAAGUCAACUUCGCUGGUAUUGGUGGCUUGAACGAACAAAUCCGAGAGUUACGAGAAGUGAUCGAGCUGCCGCUCAAAAACCCCGAGCUUUUCCACCGAGUUGGUAUUAAACCCCCCAAGGGUGUCCUUCUUUAUGGACCUCCUGGUACAGGAAAGACACUGCUGGCACGUGCUGUGGCAAGCUCUAUGGAGACCAACUUCUUGAAAGUUGUGUCGUCUGCUAUCGUCGACAAGUACAUCGGUGAAUCUGCACGGUUAAUAAGAGAAAUGUUCGGGUACGCCAAGGAGCAUGAGCCUUGUAUUAUCUUCAUGGAUGAAAUCGACGCUAUCGGUGGUCGACGGUUCUCUGAGGGUACAUCCGCUGACCGUGAAAUCCAACGGACGUUGAUGGAGCUUCUAAACCAAUUGGAUGGGUUCGAUUACCUCGGGAAGACGAAAAUCAUCAUGGCUACGAACAGACCUGAUACUCUUGAUCCCGCUCUGUUGCGAGCGGGUCGUUUGGACCGCAAGAUUGAGAUUCCUCUGCCCAAUGAAGUUGGUCGCUUGGAGAUCUUGAAGAUCCACUCCAGUACUGUCCAACUCGAGGGUGAUAUUGACUUUGAGAGCGUCGUGAAGAUGAGUGACGGUCUUAAUGGAGCAGAUCUGCGCAAUGUUGUCACGGAAGCUGGUUUGUUUGCCAUUAAAGACUACCGAGACGCUAUCAACCAAGACGACUUCAACCGGGCGGUGCGCAAGGUGGCGGAAGCUAAGAAGCUGGAAGGCAAGCUGGAGUACCAGAAGCUUUAGUGACAUAGAUUUCUCCGGGGAUGACAUUACAAAAUCGGUCAUGUUUAGAUAAUAUGCAAUCGGUUUCACGAGCUUUUCACGAUGCUGA